AUGCCAGCUUUCAUGUCUCAGCAGUGCGGCGACCGCAAGGACAAAGUCUAUGCCCUAGUGGGCUUGCUUAACGAUGAGGGGAGGCAGAUGAUAUCACCCAAUUAUCAGAGCUCUCUGCAGCAACUCUUUGUAGACGCUGCCGCUGCUCUCAUCGUUUCAUUUUGGAGAGCAGAUGCGGGAUCGAGAGGUCUCCAAAGUUUGAAGUACGAAAGUCGCAUGUAUUGCGAUAUGCUCAAUCGGAUUCUCGGACUUUCAAGUGACGAUAUCGAGACCAGAGUUUCACAAGCCGUGAAGAUAGCAGCGUCUUACAACAGCAGUCUUCCGAAUCCGAUAUACGGUCCAGCCUUCGACAACGCAGAGCAAACAAGUGAAGGGCUUGCUUACGUUGUUCAAGAAGAUGUGCGAGAUGAUCUAAAUCUGCCUGAGCCUGAUGCAGGGCUUGAUGCAGAGGAGUCGCCUUUGCAACGAUCCAUCAAGAUGUUCAAGAGGGAGUUGACCAAUGCCGAAAAGAACGACUUCGCCGGCACGCAACUCAGCCAGCUGAAUGUCACUAUUGCUGCCAUCCAGAACAAGCAGAGGGCAACGGGUACAUUGCAGAACAUGACCAGACUUCGAGCUUUCUUGAACGCCGUGGACGGAUAUGGAGAACUUCUGGAUGGUUGUGUUGGGCAACCCAACAAUGUCCGGCUCAUCUGGGGCUCCAUGAGAUUUCUUCUUCAGGCCACGAUCCGCCGGUCUGAGGCCUUCGAUGGUCUUCUAUCGCAAUAUGAGGAACUGGGCGGGAGCCUGCCUCCCAUCGUGAACAUUAAGUCCUUGUCUUCUAAUGAGCAACCAGAGAUUGUCGGCGUCGUAUUUCGCAACGUCUUCGAAUUCCAUAGGCUUACGCUGCACUACUUCAAGAAGCCCGCCUGGUGGCAGCUAUUCUCCUCUUCGUGGAAUCAGCUCCAGACUCAACUCAAUGGGUUUAUUCUGGACAUACGACGACAUGCCACGUUGGUAGAGACCAUGGUUAACGCCCACGAACUCGAGGAAGCUCAACAAGGGCGGCAAGACAACCGCGAUCGUUUCUCAGAGCUUCUGGAAGAGGCUAGACAAGCACGUAUAAGAACGGAAGAAAACUUCAAGAAACUGGAUGCGGACGAGGUUGUCCGCCGAAGGACUUAUCUCUUCAAUUGGCUUUGUGCGCCCAACUCGAUGUCUGACUAUGAACAUCUACAAAACUUGAUCAAGGACAGCCCAGCUAAUGGACAGUGGCUCUUGCGAACUGCCCGAUUCCGUGCCUGGUACGACCCAUCGUCCGCGUCGCCUCCAUUGCUGUGGGUGACUGGAAAACCGGGAGCAGGAAAGUCUGUUUUGGCUUCCGUGGUCAUUAAGGAGGCCUUGAAACUGCCAGACACAACCACGCUCUUCUUCUACUGCAAACAUGAUGACCCCGAAAAAAGCUCGUUCUUGGGGAUGGCUAGGUCCAUCUUACACCAGCUUCUGUUGCAUGACGACACGCUCCUGAUGUAUCUGUUUGAAAUCGCUACGAAGAGGGGCGAAUCUAGCCUCCGCACCGUCAAGUUGGCAAAAGAGAUGCUGACGACAUGCCUGAAAGCCGUGAGAAAGACUUAUGUGAUAAUAGAUGGAAUCGAUGAGUGCCAGCCGAGCGAGCAGCAGCAGCAUAUCGCCAAGUUCUGGAUGAACUACAUCGAAAGCUCGGGCUCUGAUGUGGAACUAAGUCGAUGUGUUUUAUUUGGUCAAGACGAUGCUACGACGAGACCGUUGUUCUGCAGACUGCCCACCAUCAGAGUUCAUGGAGAGCACCAUGAUAACGACAUCCGAUCUUACUGUAUCGCAGCUGCCAAGAGUCUUCAGGAGGAGUUCAGUCUGGCCCCUUAUGAAAAAGCACACAUUGCAUCUGAGACGUCGCGUCGUGCGCAAGGCAUGUUCCUCUUUGCGAAGCUCAUCAUGCACAACUUGUCGCUUCAAGUUACGAAAGCAGAACUGCUGCGUGAAGUGGAGCCGGACAUGUUCCCGCUAGAGCUCAGCGAUGCAAUCCUUGUUCGAGCACCUAGGCCCUACCACAAACACGCCAAAAGAUUACUCGCGUGGACAGCCUGCGCAGGCAGAGUGCUCAAAUGGCGGGAGAUCCAAGCUGCUGUGUCGAUAGACCUGAACCUCCAAAUGGUAGACUUCGACAGUCACCAACUCUCGAAAGAUUCAAAGACAUUAUGCGGGGCUCUCAUCGAAGAACUGCCCAAUGGUGACGUGUCGUUCGUGCAUUCCACUGUCAAACCGUACCUGCUCAACAAUGGCUAUGUCAAAGCAGAAGAGGAGCAUGCUACAAUGGCAGAACUCUGUCUCAACUACUUCAAUAUGCCAGCCUUUUCUACAGCGUGGGGCGAACACGAAGUACGGAGUGCUCUUUUGCUUGGUUCAUACGCUUUCAUGGAGUACGCCAUGAUCUCAUGGACAACACAUCUCGAGCACUUUCUGAGUCUGUCCCAAGACCCUGAAUUACCUGCGGCUCUUACCGAAGCCCUCCAUACGUUCUUUAAGCUACAUUGGAGAGAGCCACGGAAACGAAGUAAGCCAACGAAGCGCAUCUUGGAGUUGACGAAACAAAUCGAGACAAUGUCGAUCUACGAAAAAGUCAAGGACAGCAUGUCAUCUAUGCACUGUCUCAUGUCAACGAACCUGUCAGAUCUGGAAGCGGUACAGACAUCAGAUGUCUUUGCCACCUUGGCUCGGGUCCGUUCGAUCAUGGAAAGCAUGGCUCUCCAGCAGGACUACACAGACGAACUUGAGCGGUUUUACGGUUACCAGCUAUACAAAUGCCCACGAGUCUAUUGCAAGUGGUUCCACGAAGGCUUUGAGGAUGAGGAAAGUCGAACAUCUCACGUAGACAAGCACGAGCGGUCGCACUACUGUUCUUCUCCUGGUUGCAUGUACGCUACUCUUGGCUUCCCGACUGCAAAGGACCUCGCCAAGCAUGCUACCGAACUGCACAGCGUUGGUCUCACAGAGGAAGAGUUUCCCGCCAUCAUCGAAGAAAAUGAUGAACCAGAGGAAGGUGACACUGUCCCAGAGACUGUGGAACCUGCCGAAAAGGCGACCAACACCGAACGGGCAGACACGCGCAAUGCUCAACGAAGACCCAAUGGCGAGCCUGCUGAGCAGCAACGCAAGGAACCAGCUGAACCUACUAGACGGAGACGCAAAAGACCCUCGAGUUAUGAGUGCGACCGCUGUCACAAACGCUUCCCUCGAGCCUUCCGGCUCCGAUCACAUAUGAAGACGCACACGGAGAUUCGAGAGUAUGAGUGCAAAGUGUGCCACAAGAAAUUCGCCAGGCAGCGUGAUUGCAAGAGACACGAGGAGCUCCACAGUGGCGAAAGGAAAUUUGUCUGCUACGGGGAGCUCAUGCGCGGCGGUGCUUGGGGCUGUCACAGACGCUUUGCACGAGACGAUGCUUUACGUCGUCAUUUCCGUUCUGAAGCUGGGCAGAAUUGCAGACGACCUUUGUUAGACGAAAAGAAGGAGAUCCAGCGCCUGGAGACCCUGAGACAUCAGAGAGACGUCUCAAUGGGUAAUGAAUACGAUGCCCCGGCCACUACUCCGUCUGGAAUCGCGGCAAUGGAUAAUUUCCUUCUGGAAGGACCACGACAGGAAUUUCCGGCUCUUUCAGGCUCGACUUGGGAGUCUUCAGCUCCUACUAACAGUCUGGGAUCAGGCCAGAGUCAAGAUCUCCGCCCAUUUCCAGCCUAUAGCGAGCCGGCUUCUGGUGCUGUCUUUAUCACUCCUCCCCAAGAUGCGAGCAUGAUGUAUGCAUAUGGAGAAGCACCGAGCUCUAGCGGCUAUCAGCAGACGGGCUUUCGACCUUCGGACUAUCUGGGCGAUUUUGAAGGCCAGUCACAGAGGAGGCCUGGAAGAGAAGUCACACCAAAGAUUCCAACGCACUUGUCUUCCUUCCACAACUCUCGGUGCCAGACUGCGAGAGUUGCUAGCAGGCAGGUUGACCACGAGAGUGGCUCUGCACAUCACAUCGUUGUUGGUGACAGUCAUCACGAAGUAUCCUCCAAGUCAGUCUCUGGCACACCUCGUGGUGAAAUUGAGAGAAUUCAGAUGUUCUGGAGGCUCACCUUUCACCGUACUCUCGAUGGGAGUCUCCAACCCGCGGCCUCGAAGUGGCAAGGCCAGCAGUGCAUCGCACCACGCAUGUAUCGUGGUUCUGUUUCUGUGGCUCUGCUGGAGGCCGCCCAAGGAUCAAAAGUUCAACAAUCCCACAACUUCUCCAACGCCUGCAUUGAGGCGACUGCCGCAGCUCUUCGUGCGGGCCAACCAUUUGACAAUCGAGGCCGAGUGAGGGUGCACUGCAUGGCCUAA